GUUCUCAGGUAGGGUAUUCCAGAUUUUAGGGCCUUUGACAUACAUGAAUUUUUGUAAAGGUUUAGUCGGACACGGGGAAUGUCGUAGAGAUGUUUGUGUCUGGUGUUAUGCCUGUGGGUUCUGUCACAACUAUCAAGAAAGCGUUUUAGGUCAAGGUUGAUAUUAGAGUUUAAGGCCCUGUAGAUAUAGAUUGCACAGUAGUAAGUGUGAAUGUACUGAACUGGGAGUAAGUUUAGAUCUUUGAAGAGUGGGGGGGUGUGCUGCCAGGGAUGGGAUUUAGUGAUUAUUCUUACUGCAGCUUUUUGUUGGGUUAUUAUUGGCUUUAGGUGUGUUGCUGCAGUUGAUCCCCAAGCACAAAUAGCAUAGGUGAGGUAUGGAUAAAUAAGUGAGUGGUAUAGUGUGAGAAGGGCAUUUUGCGGCACGUAGUAUCGUAUCUUGGAGAGGAUCCCAACCGGUAGCAAUGGUAGCGAUAGUUACCUGGCAAUAUAACGACGGCGCAUAGAGGAGGGUAACGUGACAGAGCAAGCAACUGGAUAUAAAUAUUGAAGGGAGACGCAGACAAGCAUCAGUUGCUGGAACUGACACCGAGGAAAGUCAACUGCAGUCACCAUGAACUAUCUCAAAGCCCUGGUGAUUUUUGUGGUCGUUAUGGCUGCGGUGUGUGGAGCCAUGGCUGACGCGGAGCCCGAGGCUGAGCCCAGCCACGGCCGUGGAAUAGGUGGUGGCAGAUAUGGCGGUGGUUUCGGUGGUGGUUUCGGUGGUGGUGGAUUCGGUGGUGGUGGAUUCGGACAUGGUGGUGGUGGAUUCGGACAUGGUGGCAGAGGUCGUGGACAUGGCAGUUAUGGCAAGUAGAGAAAUGAAAGAUGGCUGGACGAACACCUGAAAGACACCUGCGAUACGAACGACCACAACAAGCGUCAUCAACGGACGUCAUUCUUGAUGGACAAUGUUUAAAAUUUUUCACAAAAGUAAUGUUUGACCAACAGUUCAUCAUAAAUAAAUUAACCAAGAAAUUUGCCUGUAAAAUAGCUUGUUUUUCUUUGUUCUUUGCAACUAUUUGCAUUAUUAAGUGUCUCAAAAAUUAGUAACGAAGCCCAACAAUAAAAGCGGAUAAAAUCAAGUGUAUUAAUGUAAGGCUGAAUAAUACUGAAUUUUAACGUCCAUUAAGCAUAAAACUGUCUACUUAUUUAAUACAAACAAAACAUGACACACAAGCCCCUCUAAACAACA